AUGGCUUCCCCCGGUCCAACGCGUCAUCAAUUGUCUCCACUCCCGGCAUCUGACGAUGAACCGCAAACACAACCGGAUUCGUCCACGGAAAAGGAGUCUAUCCAAGAGGCAGGUCCAGUAACCGACUUUGGACCUCCACCCGAUGGAGGACUUGAGGCUUGGGCUGUAGUUGCUGGUGGCUUUUGUGCUGUGUUUGCUAGUUUCGGGUGGAUCAACUGUAUCGGCAUUUUUCAAGACUACUACGAACAGAACCAGCUCAAGUCAUAUUCCUCUAGUACUAUCGCAUGGAUUCCAUCUGUGGAGUCAUUCAUGAUGUUUUUCUGGGGUCCUGUGGUUGGUAAAAUGACAGACGAGUUCGGUCCGCGCAUACCUAUCUUAAUCGGCUCGUUCCUCCACGUCUUUGGUCUGAUGAUGACAUCAAUAUCCAAGGAGUAUUAUCAGAUUCUCCUGUCGCAGAGCUUCUGUAGUGCGACAGGAUGUUCGUUCCUCUUCUACGCCCCCCUCGCUGCUGUUGGCACUUGGUUUCUUCGACACCGUGCCAUUGCGUUUGGCAUCGUCACUGCAGGAUCCAGUCUCGGUGGUGUUGCUCUCCCGAUCAUGGUAAAUCGCCUCGUUGUGCGCAUUGGCUUUGGUUGGGCAAUGCGAUCUGUGGCUUUCCUUUUUCUCGGACUGCUAGCUAUUGCGAAUCUGACUAUCAAGUCGAGGCUUCCACCCCCACGAAGAAAGUUCAACCCCAUGGAUUUUGUUGCACCAUUUAAGGAAAUACCUUUCAUUCUGCUCACAAUUUCGGCAUUCAUGCUAUACUUGGGUUCCUUCCUGCCCUUCAACUUCAUCAUUGUGCAGGCCAAAGCACUGGGUGUAUCACCAAAUCUGGCUCAAUACAUGGUUUCUAUUGUAAAUGCUUCAUCCACCUUUGGUCGACUACUUCCGGCAUACCUUGGUGACCGUAUUGGUGUUUUCAACGUCAUGAUUCCUCUGACCGUGCUCGGUGGUAUUUUUACUCUCACUGUAUGGCUUACCGCAACCACCACGACAUCGGUAAUAGUCUACGCUGUGUUAUAUGGCUUCACCUCUGGCUGCACCCUUUCUAUUCUCCCCGCCAUGGUCGCGUCUUUCUCCGAUGUGCGAAGUAUUGGUACACGUAGCGGGUCUUUAUAUGGUGUUGCUGCUUUCGGUGCACUUGUUGGCAGCCCUAUCGCUGGAGCUAUCGUUGGUGAUCAAGGGGGGAAGUUCUCCGGAUUGAUCAUAUUUUGCGGUGUUUCCAUUCUGGUUGGGGCAGCUUUUGCUGCAUUGUCCAGAUACUCACUGGCAGGGCCUUCUUUAAGGAAGAAAGUAUAG